UUCUACGUCAGCUGACCAACUAAAGCCCAUAUAGCCAAAUAAACACAAAGGUGCUAGGCAAGCAGCCAAGCACUCGCAAAAUCCUUCAAAAACUGGCCAGCCUAGCCGCGAGGAUUUCCGGACUAGCGUACCAUGGCGCCAUUUCCCGUCUCUCCUCCUUCCUCGGGCGGCGGUAAACAAGCUGGUGCAGUAAUAGGCAGUCCAAGAUCAUCGCUGCAGAGGAGCAGCAGCGAGUGCAACGUGGUGGUGCAGAGGAACAUCAAGUCCUCGCUGCUGCUCCUGCUGGCGAUCUCCGCCGUCUUCGCCUUCUCCAUCCUCUACUCGUCUCGUAACCUGACCGUGGCGACCAUGGCCGGCGAAGCGGUGACGCAGGGACCCUUGCUCGCAGCCCUUGACAUGGGCCGUAUGGUGCAUGACGACGAGGCCGUUGAUGGGCCAGCCGGCCCAGACACGGACGUGAAUGAACAGCGCGGCGGACCCGCAGAUGACGUCUCCUUGCCGGCGGCGAACGACCCAUCGGCUGCUGCAGUAGUAGCCCCUGCACCGAGCACAGCUGACCAAACAGCUGGUCUAAGUAUGCAGCUUGAGGAGAAAUGCGACAUUUCCAUGGGGAAAUGGGUGAAGGAGCCGAAAGGUCCGGUGUACACCAAUCUGACGUGCCCGAUGCUGCCGGACUACAAGAACUGCCAGAAGUACGGCAAGGACACGGGCCACCUCUACUGGCGUUGGCAGCCCGACGGGUGCGACCUGCCGCGGUUCUCCCCGGCGCGGUUCCUCGACGUCGUCCGCGGGAAGCGGCUCGCCUUCAUCGGCGACUCUCUGGCCCGCAACCAGAUGGACUCCCUGCUCUGCCUCCUGUCGCAGGCCGAGACGCCAGCGGAAGUGUACUCGGACGCGCUGGACAAGUUCGGGACGUGGCAUUUCCCGGCGCACAACUUCACGCUGACGGUGAUGUGGACGGAGUUCUACGCGCACGCCGAGCCGGUCCUGGACUCGUCCGGGAAGCCGACGGCCUCGUUCCACAUCCACCUGGACCGGCUCGGCGCCGACUGGACGAGCCGGCUGCGGGACCUGGACUACGCCGUCAUCUCCGGCGGCAACUGGUUCUUCCGCGUCAACUACCUCUGGGAAGGGGGGCGGCUCGUGGGCUGCCUCAACUGCGGCGGCAAGGGGAACCUGACCCAAUUCGGCGUCGCGGACGCCGUCCGCCGCGUCGUGAGAGCCGCCAUCGAGGGCAUCGCCAAGUGCAAGGACUGCAAGAGCGGCCUCGUGACGAUCCUGCGGACUUACUCGCCGGACCACUUCGAGCACGGCUCGUGGUUCAGCGGCGGGUACUGCAACAGGACGCAGCCCCUGGAGGAGCGCGAGGUGAGCUUUGAGAGCGUCGGGUGGGAGCUGAGGAAGGUGCAGAGGGAGGAAGUGAGGCGGGCGAUGAGGAAGGAGAACUUGGCGAGCGGGGCCGGGAAGAGGUACUUCGGGGUGAUGGACGUGACCAAGGCGAUGAUGAUGCGCGCCGACGGGCACCCUGAUAGACACUAUGACAAGCGGUGGGUGAGGAACGGCAGCGACUGCCUGCACUGGUGCCUGCCGGGGCCGGUGGACAUGUGGAACGGCGUGCUGCUCCAGAGGCUCGCCGAGAUCGAUCCCGCACCGCUGCCGAUCGAUCGUGGUGAGGUGGUCAAUUAGAGGAGCCUCACAUGGUUUCGCGUCGCCGUGAGCCCGUGAUCUUGUUUAUACUCCCAAGUUCGAAAUCUUACGUCUUGGAAGCUGUUUGGUUUUCACACUCCCCGGAAAAAGAAGAAAAUAUUAGUACUCACAUGUUACAGUUGUUUAAUUGACGCGUACGUGCAUGCAUCACCUGAUCAAGGCACGUUGUGCCUGAUCCUCUUUUUGUUCCACUAUUUAGUUCCACCUUGUGUAACAUGGUCAAGGCACGUUGUGUCUCCAAGCUCUAAUCUCCAAGUAUGUUUUUAUUUUCAGUGUUUCUUGUA